CUAUAGCAAAAUAUAGCAGUUUUGAGAAAUUGGGAGAGGAGACGUACAAUUGAUUCCAGAAAAAAUUUAGUUCAACUUGGUAAAAAUCACUUAUUGACACUUUAAUCUACCUGAUAAUAUUUUUUAUCAUAUUCUCCUGUUAACUGUUUUUGUGUAGGGUUUCUUUUGUCAAGAAAUUGAAUCAUCCAAAUGGCAAGCACAUCAAAGAAGCACAGAGAGUUUACUGGUGAACCCAUGGGUGAUAAACCUGUUACUGACCUAGCUGGAAUAGGGGCUACACUAGGUGGACGAUUAGAGGCAGCUGGUUUUAAUAAGGCUUACGUUGUACUUGGGCAGUUCUUAAUCUUACAAAAGCAAGAAGAGCUGUUUACUGACUGGUUGAAGGAUACAGUGCAAGCCAACAAGAAACAAGCUGGUGAUUGUUACUUGUGUCUGAAAGAAUGGUGUGAUUCAUUUCUUUGAGAUGUUACAAUGACCAUUUUUGAUCGUGUGGGCAAGCUGGGUCAUAUUUUUAUGGGACUGCUUUUAUUAGCACAAAAAUAAAAUCAGCAUUUAGAAUCAUAAUUGUAAAUUAUUAACGCUUUUUAUCAACCAGUUGAUUGACACCAGUAUGAGAUGAUAUAUUUAAGAUCAAUAUGUAAUAACUGUAACUGUAGUACCUGUAAUAAAUAACUGCACCUCCACUGCUCAUAAAAAUAUCACAUUUGGCUUACCAAUAGUAAAGAACAAUUAACUUUAUCCUAGUGAAAUAUGGUGUAUAAAAAAAUUUGUCAAUCGAAAUUCUGAUUUUGUACUGUAAUACUGUACUGUGAUUAUAAUGUACAUAUUGUAGGCUUAUUGUAGAAAGAAUUCCUAAAUUGUGUAAAAUAGACUACCCUUGUCUAGAUUUCAGGAACUUACUUCAAGAGAAGCUGUAGUUCACACUUUAUUUUUUUGCUUCAUACUAAGGCUCACUUGAUUUUGCCAUUUUGGAGGUUUUUUUUACUGUUGACCUUUGUCACAUUCAGUUUUGAAAGUGUAGACAAAAAUCGUUUUUUUUUUAUUGAUUAUCUUCUAAUCUAUAUUUUUAAAUAUUUUGCUAGAAAUAAAUAAACCUGCAUGUUUAUGAAUGCAAUAGUUAGUUCUGCUCUUACCAAACAAUUCCUGAAAGUACAGUAAUUGCUCGUUCAGACUUUGUUGUUACGUAAUACAAAUUUAAAUGGAAAUAAAAUAAUUACCUUUGUGAUAAAAAUCAAAAA